AAUAAAAACAUCGACUAUGAAGGAGUAAAAAACAAUAUAAUUUUGAAAAAGCAGACAGCGUUGAAAUCCCAUAUUAAUUUCGAAUUACAGACACACUGAAAAAGAAAGCGAAAAACACAGAAAUCAGAACACUACUAUGAUAGAAGAACAGCGCGCCGGAGCUCCGCACGCGGCCAUCCUGGCGGUGGUGGUGUUGCUGGUAAUGGUGGUGCCGACAUUGGUGGGCGACCAAGGCGAGGCGCUAACGGAGUUCAUCGCGGAGCUGGUGAGCCCCGUGGGGAUGCUCCUUAUCCCCAUCGUUCUCCUCCUCACCAUCCAAUUCCUCUCCUCCGACACCGGAUCCUUCGUCUUCUCCACCGGCGAGCCCAACUCCAUCCACCGCGCCAGUGGAUCGCCCGUCGGCGUCGCCUUCGUUCUCAUCCUCGUCCUCUUCCUGCUCUACAACAGACUCUCCAUCUUUGGCGGCGGCCACGAUGCCGCUGACUGAUCUCAAAACGGAAUGCAUUUUUCGGGAUCUAUUUUUUGUUUCUUCUUUUUUUUUGUUGAUUUCAAAAUUUCUUUUUCUUUAUACUUGCAACGUAUAGUGCUGAUGUACGGAUGUAAAGGUAGCUCGUGUAUUAUUGAAUAUGUAUAGUAUUUACACACACGAGCGAUUUUGAAAUAUGACGAACAUCCACAGUGGGUUUAGGCUA